GCUGCUCUCUCACAGUCUCUAUUUUCACUCCUGGAGGGUUGGGGAGAGUGAAAGCAACAGGAGCUCUUUCCAAUCCCAUUCUCUGAUGAGUUCUCUAGCUGAAUCCCUCUCCUUACUCUGUGACUGAACUCUUCGGACCUCUUUCCCUGCUCCGUCUCCUGAAGGCAGUUAGUGGGGGAAGCCAUCUGGCAGGACCGUGCACCUCACCAACAGCAAAGAGAAAAAUAAGCCAUUUGGAUUCUCCAGCUUUUUUUUUUUUUUUUUUUGGUACGAACAAGUUUAAAGUUUUUUUUAAAAUGUUGCUCUGAAGGGCGUUCCAGUGGGACCAGUGAGCUCCAGGGAGAGGAGCUGCCAGGCGGCUCCGAUUACAGCUAUCUCUGUAAUUUUUAUAUGACAAUACAUUUGUAAAGCAGGACGGCUGGGAGGGUGGGGAAAGGGGAAGGAUGAGCAGAAACAGCUCCUCUUGGGACCAGCUACUUUUUCAGCCCCCUUUAUGCGAGGGCUGGAAGCAGAAUGUUGAGGGAGCAGCCUAUCACCUGGGCAAUUGCAUCCUCCUCCUAGGCUACAUGGGGGGAAGUGGGAUCUUUGGCUCCAUCUAUAUCUUCAGCCUUCUGGCCACUGGCUACAUCUGCUAUGCUCUGUGGGGCUGGCUGAAUGCCUGUGGACUAGACAUCUUCAUUUGGAAUAUGCUGCUGGUCAUGGCCUGCAUACUUCAGCUGGCUCACCUGAUAUACCGGCUCCACAAGCACACCUUCUUGGAAGAGUUUGACCUCCUCUACAAGACCCUCUGCCAGCCCUUGCAUGUGCCCUUUGAGGUCUACAAAGAGAUUGUGAAAUGCUGCGAAGAGAAGGUCCUGUCACUGGCCAGAGACCAGAACUACGCUGCGGAGGGCAAGACGCCCAUCAACCGCCUGUCUCUGCUGCUCUCUGGCAGGGUCAGAGUGAGCCAGGAUGGACAGUUCCUGCACUAUGUCUUCCCCUACCAGUUCCUGGACUCCCCAGAGUGGGAGUCACUGCGACCUUCCGAGGAGGGAACGUUCCAGGUCACGUUGACAGCAGAGACGGACUGCAGUUAUAUCACCUGGCCAAGGAGGAAGCUUUACCUCCUCUUGGCAAAAGAUCGCUACAUCGCCCGCCUUUUCUCGGUCUUCCUCGGCUACGACAUCUCGGAGAAAUUGUAUGCCCUCAACGAUAAGCUCUUUGCUAAGUUCGGCCUGCGCUUUGACAUCCGCUUACCCAGCCUCCACCACGUCCUGGGACCCGCCUCCUCAGAGGCUGAGGCCGAGAAGGAGCUGUAUGAGUGGGAGGAGCUGGCCGUGCCCCAUCGUCCGAUGCCUACCUUUGUCCAGACCGCUGCCUCAGCCCCUCCUCCUCCUCCUUCUGCCCACCCCAAGGUGCCCCGGCCUGACAGUGCCCUGCUGGGUGAGGACUCUACCAGUCUUGUGUUGGAAGAUUUUGCUGAGUUGUCAGGGUCUUUUAUGGACUAUGUAAGCGAAGGGGAGUAUAUGAAGUGAGGGCACUUCUAACGUGGGCACACGUCACCCUGUGUGGGAUCCCCAUCUUCUGGAAGCCUUACCCGGAGUUACCCCUGUGCCCUCUUCAAAGGACGAGCCCCUCUGGCUCCCACCCAGACCCCAGAACUCUAGGGCACAACAGUUGGUUUUGAACAGGAAAACCCACGCAUGAGUGUAUGCUCACACACCUCUAACCAGAAAGACACUCAUUAACAUGCACCUACAUGUCCACACAACACUCCUGCAAGCACAUGAAGUAUCUGCAUGAGACUGAAGUGUGAUGGCUGGACACCUUCCACACCACAUUCUGUUCACCUGCAGUGGCACAAGGGAUGUCUGGGUGUUCCUUUUUGUAUUCUGGUCUUUCACUCCCAUGGUCUGUUAACAGCUCUGUUAUCAGUUCCAUUAAAUGUGUUGGAAACACAGUGGUAUUAGCCUGUCCAGGGAGUCUUUUGAUUUGAGGACACCAGUUAAAGAGCGUGUUGAUUCACUAGGGUUCAGUGACUUGGAGGGGAGACGCUGAUGUUCAGAGGAUUUCACAUGAGCUCUAGAAGUAGGAAAAUGGGACUAUAGAAAGACUAAGAGUUUUAAUAUUUAUGUAUAUUGGGAGGUGGGGUGGAGUGAGGUAUGGGACUUGUGCUAGCGAUAUACAUGGAAUCCAUUUCUAUCAGGCUUAAAAUUCCAUGUCCAGGAUUUAACGCUUUUCAUUUAUGAUAACAGCAGCUAAGUAAUGAAGUACGUACCAGUUUCUGAUGUUGGGAAAAGAUUCACUAGGUCUUUUGGUCAAUCCACUUGAAAUAAGGAGGAUGAGAAGAACCAGGACUGAAUUGCUGUGCCCUCUUGGGAUGGAUUCUGGGUCUAGCCCUGGUAAGGGGAUGGACUUAACCUGGAUUUCUGUGUCCCUCUGGAAGGGAAUAUGGGUACAUGUCUUUGGAAGGAGAAGAAGCUGAACUGGAUUUUUGUGGACUCUGGGUGUUUCCACUGAGAUGGAAAUGAAGUGAAGGAAUAAGAAAGGAAUAAGAAGCAGGAUAGGGAAGCAGGGAAGAUGCAAUAUUUUAGUUAAGAACAAUAUGGAGAUGGUAGGCAACUCACAAAUAUAGCGCUGACAAUAUUUCUACUGCAAGCUCACCUAGUGGUUUCAUCUAUGGGGGCUCGCAUGGUGUGAUAAUAGUCACCAGGGGCCCCUUUUGGCCUUUUUACUCCCUUUAGUCUGGUGCCAAGGGGCCACAUGGCAGGCAAAAGGCCCCCUAUGCUCAGGUACAGAGGCGGCUCCACCAGCUCCGUGCUGUUCCCACAGGGGCCCCACGUGCAGGAGGCAUUCUGGUGUGGGCCAGGGGCAUGGCUAGGGCAUGCUCCUGCAAAGCUCUAUAAGGGUCAUUGAAGCACGGACGUAAGUAGCCAGUACCGGGUUUAUGCCAGCCCCUGCAGCACGAACUGCCUCCUCUUUGUUACUCUGCCACAGGAGAAUCAGAUUCCAGCAUCCUCUAUCACACCCUGCUGUGUUGUUGCCCCAGACAGACAUCUCUAGCUAUUCACUGCGUCUGCUUCUCUCUGACCCAGUCAUCCUCUGUAGGCAAGGAAGCUCCUCCAGUGGAGAGCUGUUGGCUUCUCCUUAGCAAAGGAGUGGAGGUUUCUGUUCAGUGGCAUUAAACUACACAGCAAAGUAGUCACCACCCCCUGAGCUGUCGGGUAGACCCUGAGGUAGCUGUUAAUACAUAUUGCUACCCCAAGGUAUCCGCGCAAAAGACAACUGCUGUCUCGGGUGCUGACUUUUAUUUUUCCCGGUGGCUGCUUCACCCCCACUCUCCCCCAAGGCCCUGCCCUGCCCCCACACCGCCCCUUCCCCUGAGGCCCUGGCCUUGCUCUGCUUCUUCCCGCCUCUGCUACGCCCUCUACCCUGAGGCCCCCAGCCCACCUGCCCGCCGCUCACUGCUCUCCACCCUCCCCAAGUGCCUCCUGCCAGCCGCCAACAGCUGAUCGAUGGCCCUGCCAAACAGCUGUGGCUGGUAUGUGCUGAGCACCCCCUAUUUUUUUCUGUGGGUGUUUGAGCCCCUGAGCACACACGGAGUUGGCACCUAUGACUGCUGUCACAAGAACUGAUACAUGAACCCCAGAGCGCAUGCACACCCAGCUAGAAGAAAAAUCAAACCCUCAAAGGACUGGGGCUCUGCUGAGUCCCACAGAGAAGCCAUCAGAGGGGUGGGUGCACGCUCCCUUGUGAACUUCCCACCAGGAUGUGCCCCCCCCCAUGAUUCUUACAUAAAAUCAUCACUUAUAAAGUUUUCAGAUGACACAAAAAUUGGGGGGUGGUAAAUAAUGAAGAGGACAAUUCACUGAUACAGAGCGAUCCGGAUUGCAUGGUAAACUGGGUGCAAG